AAAAACGAAAAGGAAAACCGUGGUUAUGGCUUCACCUGUGCAAGAACAGGCAGCGAAAUAGAGAAGUGAAAGUUGAAAGCUCAAUCAUGGCGGGAAACAAUGAACCAGAGGAAACAGACUGCGGAUUUCAGUGGGAUGAAAAUUCCCAGCUCUACUACCACGCCAGUUCUGGAUUUUACCAUGACCCACAAGCUGGAUGGUAUUAUAGCAGUAAAGAUGGACUUUAUUACAAAUUUGAAGAUGGGAAGUAUGUGCUUCUUGAGUCCAAUCUGGCUGGGGAACAACCUGAAAUGCAUAAUACUAAUUGUCAAGGAGAAACAUCUGACGCUCAAAUGGAAGGAAAAGAAGUUGCGGUCGAGCCUUCCCUAGACUCCUCGGCUUGUAGUAGCAGCAACCAAUCGGAGUAUCCACCUCCGCCAUCAGAAUGGUUGGAAGACACUCUUAUUGAUAUGUUUUUAUCAGGCUAUUCCAAUCAAACAACAUAUGCUGCUGCUUUUGACACGUUGACGCCCAUGGAAACUAAUGACACCAAGAAACUGAAUCUGCCAGCUCAUGGGCAUGAUGAUAUUGAAGAACUGGAGGAAGGCGAAUGGAUCCCUGAUGACCCAGAUUUUUGGAGGAAUUUGGACGAGAAAAUUUUAGAUGAAGGUAUAUCUCAGGAAGAAGAAAAUUGGCGUGCUCAAUACGGUCAAGUAAGUCAAUUAGAUGAGGAGUGGAUGUCAGAUUUGCAAGCGGUGGAUUUGUGGGAUUGGGCUUUGGUUAGAGGGACAAAAAAAGAUGGAAAGACAGAGGUGGCUAGGCUGGUUGGUAGACUGAGGAAGCGCUCUCACAAGCUUCAUCCGUCAGUGUCUUCAGGUGGUGGUAUACUGAAAACUGCACCAGUAUGUGAAGUGCACCUUGAUAUGGUACGAGUGACAUCAGGCCGGAUAUACAGAUUGAGGAUACCUAGCUUGCAAUAUUUGGCAUCCUUGUCAGUUUAUGAUGCUUCCAACCCAACUAAAGAUUGGGGGUUUCCACAGUUGUCCAUAAAAAAUCAGACAGAGAAGUUGGCAAAGGAUGAUCAGCAGUCUGAAUCCCAAAGCCUGGAAAGUCUUGGAGUUCGGAAGGGCAAAAAUCUGUCAUCAUUAAAGCUCAGCUCAUCAAAGAAGGAUCAUGUAUACCGGGACAGAGCUGCUGAGAGAAGAGCUCUUCACGGUGGCUUUGGCAUAGGUCCAGGACAAAAGAACUCCCUUACUGAAACUGGGUCUACUCCAUCAUCUCCCACUUUACAACCCGAAGAGGCAGCAGCUGAGUCAUUGAGCAUGUCAUUUGGGGCAGGAAGUUAUGCCAGAAAAAUCCUUGAAGGCAUGGGCUGGAAGGAGGGAGAGACACUUGGCUGUAGCAUGAAGGGUUUGACUGAACCUCUACGAGCAACUGGAAACAAGGGAACUGCUGGUUUGGGUUGGGAUGAUGGCAGGAGAAAGUAACUCUCAAAGAGUCAAUUUCUGCAGCAAGAAACCACAGAAUAGCAAUACUACCGUGUCACUAUCUUGGCAUGAGUUAACAAUGUUACUCUUGGUUCUUUAUUGUUUUCCCUUUUUCUUCUCCUUGGGAAUAUCUGAAGUAACUGCACGUGACAACUUUUAUGCUUUUUACAGCAGAUUAAAGCAAAAAAACAAAUAGCUAAUACAAUUAUGGACGGAGGUACAAUUAUUAUGUUAGAAGGUUACAACCAAAGAAGGGGAAGCAUCAUCUAAAGGUUGUGAUAUUCGAUACACCAAAUUGGAUGAGUUUUUACAGAUGAUUAGCUUGAAAAUCUUUGACAAAUCAAACGUAUACGGUACAAAAACCAAGCAAACCUGGCUGGAGCCGUAAUUCAAUUGACUGAUGGGAUGGAAACUACACUUGCUGUAACUUCUAAUAUCUGUACUAUGAGAAAAUGCAACCCAUCAAAAUUAAAAUCCUCCA